GGCUAACAAGCGCGAGUUCGGGGCGUCUAAAUCGUUGCGUUAAAAUAUAAAGAUUUUGAUUUUGUUUACGCGAAGCAAAUAUACAAAAAGAAGCACCAUAUUGAAAAAUUUGGACUGAAUUACCAGAUUUAAAAUAUACAUAUAUACAAGAAUAUGUUUGGUUUUGCACUCUGAUGCACUUAAAAAGCAUUAUCCGGACCUUCAAAAUUUACCACUCGAUACAAUGAAGGCUUUUAUCUUCGCACUAUUUCUCGGAGCCCCCUAUCUCUUUCGCCACAUUAAUGCUUUGCCGGAAAUAUCCAAUUGCGCCUUUGAGGACACCGUCAAUUUGACCGCCAGCAAAAAAUUCAGCAACGGAUCUUACCUCUAUGAAGGUGUGUUGGUGCCACCUGCUCUAAUCGGCCACUACAACUUUGUGGAGCUGUACGGUGGAGAACGUCAGCAUGUGAAGAAACACAUUCGAGGCUGUGUGUGUCGCCUCAAACGAUGCGUAAAGUUUUGCUGUCAUCCUCGGGCGGAAAUGUAUCGCACAAGCAAGGACUCCGAUUCCAAAUGUAAUGAGAAGCUGAGUGAGGAGCUUUCUUAUUCGCCCUUCGUAAAUAUUACUUUACGUAAUAACAGCCAGGUUUUGAUGCAUGUCCUGGAUGAAUUUGUGGUGCAGCAAGGAAUCCCCUGCGGUGGAGCAUACAUGCUUAUGCAGCAUAAAUAUGAAGAACACCGUUGGGAAUUGUUUGAGAAUGGUACACUGCUACGCACAAGUGAUCAGGUGCUCCUUUCAAGACGGGAUUAUUGCCUGCAAGGAUAUAAGGCGGAAGAUGGAAAAUAUAUGCUGAAUCCAAUGAAUUGUCCCAUUACCUAUGAGGAGCCUCCAACACUCAUGCUCAACACGAUAAUUCUGAUGAUUUCUGCUCCAUUCUUAUAUGCGACCAUUCUGAUCUACUGGCUCAUCCCGGAGUUGUGGAACUUGCACACCAAAUGUUUAAUUUGCUAUCUACUGUCGUUAGCUAUUGGCACCACGAUGAUUGUAGUGACAAACAUCCAAAAAUCGGAUUACGACAACUUGCUUUGCGCCAUUAUUGGAUUUGUGACGUACUAUUUCCUCACGGCGGUAUUUUUCUGGCUUAAUGUCAUCUGUUUUGAUCUUUGGCACAAUUUUCGCGGCACCAAAGGAAAUGUUCAGCAUUUGACUCAGAGAAAACGAUUCUUCUACUACGCUCUCUACGCUUGGGGUCUGCCGGCUCUCAUGACCGUUUUGACUAUAGCUUUGCAGUACUCCGAUUUGCCAAAUAAACUCAAGUCCGGUAUAGGAUAUUCCCAUUGUUGGUUGAAAGUUGACGACUGGUCAGCCAUGAUUUAUUUCUACGGACCCUGCCUAGUGCUUAUUGUUUUCAACAUGGUUAUAUUUUACCUAACCGCUGAGCGGAUCUACACCAUACGAAAGGAAUUGAAAAUGUUCUCUCAGGGCGAAGACAGCAGGCGACAUUUGCGUUCCCAAAAAAAUGAUUUAUGGCUCUUCUUUCGAUUGUUCAUUGUUAUGGGAAUCGGUUGGUUGCUGGAGGUGCUGGGCUAUAUCGUUGGCAGUAAGAGUGAGUACGCCAUUAUUUUCGCAUUCGCCGACAUUUACAACGCUUCCCAGGGUUUGAUUUUAUUUGUGCUGUUGGUUAUGAAGAAGAAGGUGCUGCUACUCAUAAAGAAGAGAGUCUUUAAAUCGGAUAGCACUGUGCAGUCAUCAAAUGGGCGAACAACCAAAUCUAGUGCAUCGACCAGGGAACUGACUAAUCUGGCAAGUCGACAGAAAGUCCGGAACUAAGGAUCACAGCAUAGAUAGACUAUGUAUCCACACAUGUCACCUACAAAUACAUAAGUAAUAUCUAUAUAAUUUCUGUCUAUUCAAACAAGUUUCUCUGCAUACAAAUCUCUUGACUUCAUACGAGAGUGCUGAGUAUUCUUGGCAACUCAAUUUUAAACAUCUACACAAUUUAUAAAUUUAUUUAAAGAACUUAUAAAAGUCCAAAUACGUAAAGCUAAUCGCUAGUUUAUUAAGUUGGAGGUAUUCAUUAGGUCCAUUAGAACUUUGGUAUUAAUAUUCGUACAAUAAAUGUCUCUACAAAUGCAUUCUAGGAUUUUUUAGGUUAAGUUUUAUGUAAGAAUUUAUAAAAUUAGAAGUAAGCGAUUGUAAUUAGUAUAUUUUCAAUAAAAGUGGGUUUUAUGAAAAAGAUAAAACGCCUUUA